AAGGAGGGAACUGGAGGAGGAGAUCUUGUAAGGAAGAAGACGGAUUCUGUUCUGUCAGGUUCCUCUGAGUGUGUGUAAGAGCAAGUCAGAGGAGAGAGAGAGAGAGGAGAAGGCAGAGGGAGAGAGGGGGAGAGGGGAUCUGUUGCAGGCAGGGGAAGGCGUGACCUGAAUGGAGAAUGCCAGCCAAUUCCAGAGUCACACAGGGACCUCAGAACAAAGAUAAGGCUGAUACCACACUGGGGACGAGCUCGCAGACGAGCCAGGCCAAGGGGACCAGGCAGCCAGGAGCACUCAAGGCAGGAAAAUGAGGUGGCUCCUUCUCUCCCAUGCGCUGUGCUUCUCCUUGCUGAAGGCCUCGGCCCACAUUGUGGAGCUUAACAACAUGUUUGGCCAGAUCCAGUCUCCUGGCUAUCCGGACGCCUAUCCAAGUGAUUCAGAGGUGACUUGGAAUAUCACUGUCCCAGAAGGAUUUCGAAUCAAGCUUUACUUCAUGCACUUCAACUUGGAAUCCUCCUACCUUUGUGAAUACGACUAUGUGAAGGUAGAAACUGAAGACCAGGUGCUGGCAACCUUCUGUGGCAGGGAGACCACGGACACAGAACAAACCCCUGGCCAGGAAGUGGUUCUCUCCCCCGGCUCCUUUAUGUCCAUCACUUUCCGGUCAGAUUUCUCCGAUGAAGAGCGAUUCACAGGAUUUGAUGCCCACUACGUGGCUGUGGAUGUGGAUGAGUGCACGGAGCGGGAGGACGAGGAGCUGUCCUGUGACCACUACUGCCACAACUACAUCGGCGGCUACUACUGCUCCUGUCGCUUCGGCUACAUUCUCCACACAGACAACAGGACCUGCCGAGUGGAGUGCAGUGACAACCUCUUCACCCAGCGGACCGGCAUGAUCACCAGCCCCGACUUCCCCAGCCCUUACCCCAAGAGCUCCGAAUGCCUCUACACCAUUGAGCUAGAGGAGGGUUUCAUGAUCAGCCUGCAGUUUGAGGACAUUUUCGACAUUGAGGACCAUCCUGAGGUGUCCUGCCCUUAUGACUACAUCAAGAUUAAAGCCGGUCCAAAAGUUCUGGGACCCUUCUGUGGAGAGAAAGCCCCAGAACCCAUCAAUACCCAGAGCCACAGUGUCCAGAUCCUGUUUCGCAGUGACAACUCGGGGGAGAACCGGGGCUGGAGGCUGUCAUACAGGGCGACAGGGAAUGAGUGCCCCAAGCUGCAGCCUCCUGUCCAUGGGAAAAUCGAACCCUUGCAAACCACGUAUUCCUUCAAAGACCAGGUGCUCAUCAGCUGUGACACAGGCUACAAAGUGCUGAAGGAUAAUGUGGAGAUGGACACAUUCCAGAUGGAGUGUCUGAAGGACGGGACGUGGAGUAGCAAGAUUCCCACCUGUAAAAUUGCGGACUGUGGAGCUCCGGCAGAGCUGGAAAACGGAGUGGUCACCUUCUCCACCAGGAACAACCUCACCACAUACAAGUCUGAGAUCAGAUAUUCCUGCCAGAGGCCCUACUACAAGAUGCUACACAAUAUCACAGGUGUAUAUACCUGUUCUGCCCAAGGAGUCUGGAUGAAUGAAGUCCUGGGGAGAAGCCAGCCCACCUGCCUGCCAGUGUGUGGGAUCCCCAAGUUCUCCCGGAAUCUGUUGGCCAGGAUCAUCAAUGGACGCCCCACCCAGAAGGGCACCACCCCCUGGAUUGCCAUGCUGUCACACCUGAAUGGGCAGCCCUUCUGCGGGGGCUCCCUUCUAGGCUCCAAAUGGAUUGUGACUGCGGCUCACUGUCUCCAUGAAGCGCCGGAUUCAGAGGGCCUAAGUCUUCAUGAUUUGGGCUUGCUCAGCCCCUCUGCCUUCAAAAUCAUCAUGGGCAAGCUUCGGAGGACCCAGUCAGAUGAGAAUGAACAGAGUCUCAGUGUCAAACAAGUCUUCUUCCAUCCCCUGUAUAACCCCAACACGUACGAGAAUGACGUCGCUCUGUUGGAGCUGUUGAGGGGCCCGGUGCUAAAUGAUUUUGUGAUGCCCAUCUGUCUACCCCAGGGGCCACCAGAGGAAGGGGCCAUGGUCAUCGUCAGUGGUUGGGGGAAGCAGUUCUUGCAAAGGUUCCCAGAGACCCUGAUGGAGAUCGAAAUCCCAAUUGUUGACCACCACAUCUGUCGGGAGGCCUAUGCUCCACUGAAGAAAAAAGUGACCAGAGACAUGAUCUGUGCUGGGGAGAAGGAAGGGGGCAGGGAUGCCUGUGCGGGUGACUCUGGAGGGCCCAUGGUGACACUGGAUACACAGAGAGGCCAGUGGUACCUGGUGGGCACAGUGUCCUGGGGCGUGGACUGCGGAAAGAAGGACCGCUACGGAGUGUAUUCGUACAUCUUCCACAACAAGGACUGGAUCAGGAGGGUCACCGGCAUGAGCAAUUGAGUUCAGUUCCUCACCCUCUGCCUCACCUGCCCAUGGUCAGUCAGCAACAGAGGAUAAUUAUCUGAUGCCAGACGGCCCUCACCCUACCCGCACCUCAUUCAGCCCACCUAUUACUGGCCAAUUAAGGGGGCAUCUCAGCCAUCUUCUCACUCUCCUUAAAGAAGCAGAGUAGCAGAGUGAUCAGAACACAGGUUGUAUCACCUACUAGCUUUGCAACACUGGACAGGUGACUUCACCUCUUUGAGCUUCAGCUUCUUCAUCCCUGUGAUGGAAAUGGCCUACCCUACCUCCUCAGAAACAUAUGAUGAUGAUCAAAUUUAUUUCAUAGCACUUAGUGACUUCACUUUCACUUUCCACUUUCAUGCAUUGGAGAAGGAAAUGGCAACCCACUCCAGUGUUCUUGCCUGGAGAAUCCCAGGGACGGCGGGGCCUGGUGGGCUGUCGUCUAUGGGGUCGCAUAGAGUUGGACACGACUGAAGCGACUUAGCAGCAGCAGCACAGUGCAGGUAUAAACUAAGUGCUCAAUGACUGUGACUUAGUGGAAGGCCGGUGUGUCUACUAGGCACACUGCGUUCACUUAUAAAUCCUGACUGGGCCUUAGGGUUGAUCAAGUGUGUACCUGUCCCCUCAACCUUGACCAUAGCCUUCGCCUGCCCCCAAAUGCUCUAUGCUGCCACGCAUUCCCCAACCCCAGUUCCCACCCCUCUCCAUGAAAAGGUAAAAGAGACAGUCUGAGUCUCUGCAGGUCCCAUAGUGAUGCACUUAUGACUGAGCUGGAUACUGAACUGUGAGAGUGCCUGAGAGAAGCAGAGACAGGGAGAGGGGAGACUGGGAACCAGCUCUGCCCCCAGUUCCCUGUGACUCUAUGCAAGUCCCUUCCCCUCAUCCCAACAAAGACCCUCCCAGCUCUGACAGUCAAGGAUCCAACAAAGCCAUUUCUCCCUGAUGAGAUGAGUUAAAGCCAAAAUUACCAAAAGGUCAAAAAGGGCCAAUAGAGCUUUGAAGUGAAAGUGUUAGUCACUCAGUCAUGUCCAACUCAUUGUGACCCCAUGGGCUGUAGCCGCCAGGCUCCUCUGUCUAUGGGAUGCUCCAGGCAAGAAUACUGGAGUGGGUAGCCAUUACCUUCUCCAGGGGAUCUUCCUGACCCAGGAAUUGUACCCGGGUCUCCUGCAUUGCAGGCAGAUUCUUUACCACUUGAGCCACCAGAACCCGUAGAGCUUUGAUGCAGACCAAAUCCUGCUGCUACUGCAACACCUACCGCGUGCACCACACCCUGGCUCCCCAGGAUGUAGCCCAGGCAGAGUGCAAGCCUAGGGGCCUUUUCUUAUUCCUAAGCAGAGCCUCUGUUCUAGGUGCCCACCUCCUUUUCUUCCUGGGAACCUGGCAUGAGGUGGGCCCUGGGAGGCCAGACUCAGGCCCCUGUACUCUCCCUCCCUGUGUCCACAGCUGACCCCAAGCACCGUUCCCCUGGUUCCUCACCCCUGUUCCUCAGCCAGAACACCCCAGCACUGCAGGGUCAUAAAAUCUUCCCAAGCAGAAUGCCUCUUCCCUUUAGGAGCCACCUUCUCUCUCAGGAAGAUUCCAGGGUCCUCCUCCCCUCCAGAACUCUGAGAUGUGAGCCCUUCAAGGGAUCAGAAGCUCCAAGUCCUGUCUUCUGUUCUGUCUUCAAUUCUGUUCCAAAAUUGGUCUUCAUGGGAGAUUUCAGUUCUUGACCUGCACUGCAGCCGCCGGAGUCAUUCAAGGUCUCUUGCCGAAAGAAGAUACUGGGAAUGAGAACUUACGAACACUAAGCCCUAGGCUGACCCCUCAGGGACAGCAAUUUACAGCCUGUUUUUGAUUCUCUGAACAGGGCAUUCUACCUCUCUGUGCCCUGCUGUUUGUUCUGUACACAGAAGGCAGCCUUCAUACUCAGUCCCACCAGACAUUUGUCAAGCAAACUGGAGCUCUAUUUUAGAUACCAAAGAAGAAUCACAAGGCAAAGUUUUGGAACUACCCUAAAGCAUUCCAAACAUCAUGCCUGCUCAUUUCACAGCACUGCCUGAGUGUCCCUCCCUGUGCCAGGCUGUCAUGACUGCUAUGGGUACCACCAUAAUGAAGGGAACAUGAUUCAUACUUUCCAGGAGCUCCUGCACGAAGAACUGACACCUACACAAGUAUCCACCAUAACAGAAUGAACCCUACUGCGUGCUAUGUGUCAGAACAGCACAGAUGUGAAAGAAAGGCCAUUCCUGUAUGCAGGCAUUGGAGGAGGGGACACCAGGA